CGUCCCCUUCCUCUCCCGGCACAACGCCUUGACGAAGGUUCUGCGAACUUCUUUGGCGCGAGGCAUUGUGGGGUUGCCGGACGGCCGGGACCCAGAGAAGAGAGGAGGAGGAGCGGGCCAUUAAAUAAGCUUCCAAAAUGAUGCCCACACCAGUUAUCCUGUUGAAAGAGGGGACCGAUAGCUCGCAAGGCAUUCCCCAGCUUGUAAGUAACAUCAGCGCCUGCCAGGUGAUUGCAGAGGCUGUGAGAACCACUCUGGGCCCUCGUGGCAUGGACAAGCUCAUUGUGGAUGGCCGAGGCAAAGCAACCAUUUCUAAUGAUGGAGCCACAAUUCUGAAACUGCUUGAUGUUGUCCAUCCUGCAGCAAAGACUUUAGUGGACAUAGCCAAGUCCCAAGAUGCUGAGGUUGGCGAUGGCACCACCUCAGUGACCCUCCUAGCUGCGGAGUUUCUCAAGCAGGUGAAACCGUAUGUAGAGGAAGGCUUGCACCCCCAGAUCAUCAUCCGAGCUUUCCGCACUGCCACCCAGUUGGCAGUUAACAAGAUCAAAGAGAUCGCUGUGACCGUGAAGAAGGAAGAUAAAGUGGAGCAGAGGAAGCUGCUGGAGAAGUGUGCCAUGACCGCUCUGAGCUCCAAGCUGAUCUCCCAGCAGAAAGCCUUCUUCGCGAAGAUGGUGGUUGAUGCGGUGAUGAUGCUUGAUGAUUUGCUACAGCUCAAAAUGAUUGGAAUCAAGAAAGUGCAGGGGGGAGCCCUAGAGGAGUCCCAGCUAGUAGCUGGCGUUGCAUUCAAGAAGACUUUCUCUUAUGCUGGGUUUGAAAUGCAACCCAAAAAGUACGAGAAUCCCACAAUUGCACUUUUAAACGUUGAGCUUGAGCUGAAAGCUGAGAAAGAUAAUGCUGAAGUCCGAGUUCACACGGUGGAGGAUUAUCAGGCAAUCGUUGAUGCUGAGUGGAACAUUCUCUAUGACAAGUUAGAGAAGAUCCAUCGUUCUGGAGCCAAAGUCGUCUUGUCCAAACUCCCCAUUGGGGAUGUGGCUACCCAGUACUUUGCUGACAGGGACAUGUUCUGUGCUGGCCGCGUGCCUGAAGAGGAUCUGAAGAGGACGAUGAUGGCCUGUGGAGGCUCAAUCCAGACCAGCGUGAAUGCUCUAACAGCAGAUGUGCUUGGCUGCUGCCAGGUCUUUGAGGAGACCCAGAUUGGAGGCGAGAGGUACAAUUUCUUCACUGGCUGCCCCAAGGCUAAGACUUGCACCAUCAUCCUCCGCGGCGGUGCUGAGCAGUUUAUGGAAGAGACAGAGCGGUCCCUGCAUGAUGCCAUCAUGAUCGUCAGGAGGGCCAUCAAGAAUGAUUCAGUGGUGGCUGGUGGUGGUGCCAUUGAGAUGGAGCUCUCCAAAUACCUGCGGGAUUACUCAAGGACCAUCCCGGGAAAACAGCAGCUGCUGAUUGGGGCGUAUGCCAAAGCCUUGGAGAUUAUCCCACGCCAGCUGUGUGACAAUGCUGGCUUUGAUGCCACAAACAUCCUCAACAAGCUGCGGGCCCGGCAUGCCCAGGGGGGCAUGUGGUAUGGGGUGGACAUCAACAACGAGGACAUUGCUGACAACUUUGAGGCCUUCGUGUGGGAGCCAGCUAUGGUGCGGAUCAACGCCCUGACGGCAGCCUCUGAGGCUGCGUGCCUUAUCGUGUCUGUAGAUGAAACCAUCAAGAACCCCCGCUCGACUGUGGAUGCUCCCCCACCAGGUGGCAGGGGCCGAGGCCGUAGCCGCCCGCACUGAGACAUCCCACUCAUCGUGCGAUUGGCUGACAGGCUGGCUGCAGGGUGUGUGUAGUUUAGUCUCCCGUCUUGGUUAAUUGAUGUUACAAGGAAGCGGGGUUGUAAUUGGUCCACUCUUCUCACUGGAGGUUAUUUAAAUAAAACAUAAGGCCUAGAGUUAUCUUUGCA